AUGCGGGGCGGGCGGUGCUGGCUGCUGCUGGCGGCGUUGGGCUGGCUGCUGCCGGCGGGCGCCGCGGCCAGCGGCGAGUACUGCCACGGUUGGCUGGACGGGCAGGGCGGCUGGCGGGACGGCUUCCAGUGCCCCGAGCGCUUCGACGGCGGCGACGCCACCAUCUGCUGCGGCUCCUGCGCCCUGCGGUACUGCUGCUCCUCCGCCGAGGCGCGUCUCGACCAGGGCGCCUGCGACAACGACCGGCGGCAGGGCGGCGGCGAGCCGGGCCGCCCCGGCAAGGACGGCUCCGACGGCGCGGCAGUGCCCAUCUACGUGCCGUUCCUCAUCGUUGGAUCUGUGUUUGUCGCCUUCAUCAUCUUGGGGUCGCUGGUGGCCGCGUGCUGCUGCAGAUGCCUGCGGCCCAAGCAGGAGCCCCAGCAGAGCCGAGCCCCCGGGGGCACCCGCCUGAUGGAGACCAUCCCCAUGAUCCCAAGUGCCAGCACCUCGCGAGGCUCCUCCUCCCGCCAGUCGAGCACGGCUGCCAGUUCCAGCUCCAGCGCCAACUCCGGGGCCAGGGCGCCCCCGACCAGGUCCCAGACCAACUGCUGUUUGCCAGAAGGGACCAUGAACAACGUCUACGUGAACAUGCCGACGAACUUCUCGGUGCUGAACUGCCAGCAGGCCACCCAGAUCGUCCCACACCAGGGCCAGUACCUGCACCCUCAAUAUGUGGGCUACGCCGUGCAGCACGAAGCGAUGCCGCUCACCCCGGUGCCCCCCUUCCUCGAGGGUUUGCAGAGUGGCUACAGGCAGAUCCAGUCUCCCUACCCACACACCAGCGGCGAACAGAAGAUGUACCCAGCUGUGACUGUGUAGUGCUGGCGCCUUCCCCCCACUUCCCCGACACCCAGCAGAUUAUUAAAAUCUAAAGUGAACGGAGCAGAAACGCUUCCUUGGAACAAAGCUCCCAGAACAUCACUUGUAAAUAAUUUUGCAAGGCUCAUGCAUGUCAGACAGUGUUUAUAAAGCAUUUCUUUUCAUCGGGGUCCAUUGCCAGAAACUGUAGGAUGAUCUCUCUGAAUUAACGUUGCCAGACACGCUCUCGCUGCAGCGCGUGAUUUACAGCGGCCAAGGAUUACGCUGGAAAUGCAUUUGUGUUUCACAUCGCUGUACUGGCGAGAUAAAUGCCGGAGCCAUUAAGUGCCCUUCAGGUAUGACAUGGUCUGAAGUAUUUGCCUAAUUAAUUCGUAGAAAGAGUUUUGUUCCACUGUAGGAGACAGUGCUUAGGAAACCUCUCUCCUCCUCUCCCAGCUCCCUAAUGACGUCUCCCGUUGCUUUACAGACAAUCAGAACCGAGAGCCGAGCGGUGCAAUCCCUGUGUGCUGGGUGCUGGUACCAGCCUCCCCCCAGCUUCUUACCCACACCCAGUUUCAGGUGAAGUGCCACAAAAGGCUUAGUCUUGGAAAGACCAAUUUUCCUUGUCCUUGGUAUUUAUGUAGGAAUUGGAAGAGUGUGAGUUAUUUGUCUCUUCCUGCCAGCGCACUUGAAUCCCUUCUUGAUUUGGUUUUGCCUGAAGAUCCAGACUCUCUAGUGGUUUCAACAGACUUGAUCUUUGUGAACUUUUUGCUGAAAACAAGGUACGAGGUGCUUUCUCUUCCCGAUGCUCAGCAAAGCUUUCGGGACGGCUCGCAGCAGCUUAGCUGAAACCUGCAUGUGGAGGGGCUGGCGGAGGUUGGAAAUCUAUCCCCUUUUCUUCUAUACCUGUGGGGCAGGGGACAUACUUGGAAGGCACAACUGUAUUUAAAAAUAAGGAAGAAGGCACAACCAAAGGAUGAAGGUGGCCACGGCUCCCCGUGAUGCCAGAGGGCAGGGAGGAGGGGGAACUUGGCACCGGAGCUCCUGGCUCCGUCUUGCUUUGCUUCAUCUGGGAAAAAACACCUCUCCAGGUUGAGAGGCAGCAGCGUGCUGGGAAUGAAUAACCAGACUGUGCUAAUUGUAAUACAUCAGCCUGGAUGCCAAGAACUGUUUAAGGCUGGUUUUGUCUCUUAAAAAAAACCCCCAAACCCGUAGUCUUUGCUUUUCCAUCCAUCUGUUCCUCAGCCAAAACAUGAAGCCUGAGGGAUAUACCACAACUGGGCAGUCACUGUAACCAGACCAGAGCUGAUAAGGUUUCUUAUUGCCUGAUACUGUAUCAGUAUGUAGCAAUAACGGUGAUACUACUAUUUUUUGUAUGUUUUUAAAGUACACACCUGUGUGGAAUCGUUGCCAAAUGCAGUGGUUCACCCAUAAGCGUGGCACAAACGGGCUGUCUGCAGCGGGCACACGUGUUUGACCGCUGAUGUAGGACACUGAAGAAAGAGGUGAUUUACCCCAGCUCUGCUGGUCCUGGCUGCCAUCGCCCAUUGGGCAUGUGGGACCUGGACAGGGUUUGAGUUCCAAGCCCUGGCUGGCCCUCCAGCCUGGCUGGGUGGCUGUGGUACGGCAGUGGCCGGCGCGGCACAUCUGGAAGGGCAGGCUACAGUACUAGCUGAGCCCUGUGUCUGUCUGCUUGUGGCUCAGAUGGAAUAGGCCCAGGUGUAAUGACUGUACAACUCUGGUGUAGUGGUGCUGCAUUGCCUGUGCCAUAGCAGCCCAGGGCUGGGCUCAGACCAGAAACCAGGAUGGACACCUCAGAUGCCACCACUGAAUGUGUAUCUGUUCUGUAGGAGAGACAGUCUUCUUUAGCAGCCCCCACGCCAGACCUGAGCUGGGGUGGCUGCCCAGCUGGUUAAGGAGCAGAGCACAGCCUCCUUGGUAGAAUACUUGCUCAUCUCACUUCUCAGGUGAUGCCUCCCUGGUUUGCCAAAUAUUGAAAGCAAGAAGGCAAACAUUGUGCUAGGCAUGGCUGGAAAGUCGCCAGCUGUGUCAGAGUGCAUCAGGAAAUUUGAAAGAAAACUCACCUCAAACCUACCAUCACAGGCUCUUUUCAUCCACUUCAUAGGCUUACAAAAGCAAAAGUAGAAUUCAAAUAUUCAAGAAAGAGUGGAAAUAACAUCCUUCCUCCAAAACAGGGUAGUCUUUCAGGGCCUGGGAGGUGUUCCUGCUGCCCACACUGUACUUACCAGCAAGUACCACCAGCUCCAUGGCGUCUGUCAAGAACACCGGACCAGGCUUGUUUCACCAUGACAACUGUGCUGAUGUCUGUGAUCAGGCUGUAGGUCACUGUCAACCAAGAUGCCAGACACAAGGUGAGGUGAGUGCUGAGGCUCCCAGGCACUUCACUGCAGGAUUUAAGCCUUGAGAACUUGCAGCUUCAUCCUUCAAGGGCCUGCUUCACGAGACCCAGGAAGUCCAGCACAACACCCUCAGAAGCUGCCCCUGAUACCGCAGGAAAUGUAGCAGGGAACCAGAAUCAUCCCCGUGUCCAUGAGACCAGUCAUGGCAUGAAAAAUGCAACAAGAACUCCUUCUUGUCCAGCCUCUUCAUGGCAUAUCCAGGCUGAAUGUGGCCACGGCAGCAAGUCCUCUCCACCACGGUCCACAGCCUUCUCUCCACCUGCUCUAGAGCUCCCUCCUUCUCAGCCUGGACCACCAAGAAUCAGCAGUGCCUUCCAUUGAUGUCUCCAGCCUUGUUUCUCUGUGCCCACAUACUUCUGUUGCUGAGGAAGCAGGAGGAAACCCACUGCUCCUUCCAAGUUUCUGAGGACUCGUGUCACCUCACAUGCCAGUCUGGUAUGAGGCACCGAAGACCCCCGGCAACAGACUUAACAGCUGCUCCGGCAACUAUGUGGCUCUGGGACAUGAGCACCAGACGCUCUCACCACCUCGCCUGUCAAACUGUUAGAGGGAAAGUCUCUCAGAUGGGACAGUGCGGGAAGCAGCCGGCUGAGCGUCGAGUUCUCCCACCACCACCCGAAUAAAGCUCAUUCAACUUGA